GAAACUACACCGAGCUGCACUGAAGAUGACCUGCGUUUAAGACUCUGUGGUGGUUUUAGAUUGAUGUUUCUGUCUUUAAGAGAAAGUGAAGACUUUCUAUGAUAAACUUGAUCAAGUUAUGGAGGAAGAACUGAAUUAUGUGACGGUGGUUUUCAAGACUAAAGGUAUUUCUACGCGUGAGGAACCAAGAGACAUGGAUGACUAUGAAGACAUAAAGACUGUGGAGCAGACAUUGGAUACAAGUUCUGUCUUACCAGAAAAUAAAAAGAAAGCUCCACUGUGUACUUUGCUCCAUCUGGUGGCAGCAGGUUUGGGGAUUAUCUGUGUCCUCUUGGUGUCGGCCGUCAUCACCCUCAGUAUCCACUUCAACACAGUUAUGUCAGAGCAGUACAGAGAAAACACCAACUUGACAUCCCAAAAUCUGCAGCUGUGGACAGAAAAGACCAACUUAGAGAGACGGACAGAAGAGCUGACCAGAGAAAAAGACGGACUCAACUGGACCAUCAGUGUAAUCAUGGAACAUGACAUGUUCCAGGUGACUGCCCACUGCCCACAGAAAGUGUGUCAACCUUGUCUGGACGGCUGGGUCCAGUUUCAGUCGAGCUGUUACUUUUUUUUUGAUAACAGUUGGAAGAGUUGGGAGAGAAGUCGUGACAAAUGCAAAGAAAUUAAUGCAAAUCUGGUGGUGAUUGAAAGCCAAGAGGAACAGGAAUUCAUCAAUAACCACACCAAAGAUCAAGAAGAUUAUGGUUACUGGAUUGGCUUGAGCAGCAAGGAUGUGAUGGGCAAGUGGAUGUGGGUCAAUGGAAGAAAUGUCUCCGUGAUGUACUGGAGGACACAAGAACCUCUCUACGGAGUAGCUUGUGCUCUUAUUCAGCCACAUGCAACUCCUCUGGCCAAUUGGAACAAAGCGCACUGCGACAAGAGUAACCACUGGAUCUGUGAAAGGAGAACCUUGAUCAAAGAAUCAGCUGCACAAUCCAAAUUGAUUGUUUAACGUUUAAGAAAUCUAUCUAAGAUGUUUUUCGGUUAAAACGGAUGGUGUUUUUCCUGUUUUUUUUAAGGAUUUCAGCACAUUUUCUUUUUAUGUCUUUUUCUAAUUUAUGUUCUAAUUUAAAGUAUCCAUUUCUGCAAAUGUUGAACAGUACACAUCAUCUUUGUGUUAUAUAUCAGGCUUCAAUACUACAAAUAAGGAGAUAAGGACGCAAACUGAAUAAUCAUCCAUCUACUUCUUGUUAUAAUCUGUUUAUAUUCCUUGGACAUAUACACUCAGUAGCCACUUUAUUAGGUAAACCUGUACAUACAAUCUGCCAUAAAUGUUACCUUUACUACAAAGCUUAUAAUGUUCAGAGUUGUUUUUUUUUUUUUACACUCAGGUUUUAAUUC